AUGGAACAACUUGAACUCGAGAAUCAGACACUGCGAACUGAGGUAGCAACUCUCAAGGAAUCUAUUGAGAGAAACAAUGCUACGAUGGAGGCACUCUUGGCUCGCCUCGAGCGUGAAGAUACUCCCCGUCGGGUUUCUGUGCAUGAGGACGCAAUCGUCUCUUCUGGACCGGUAUCUCAGCUGGCUACUUCUGCAUUUGUCUUCGGGGAUGGUACUGAUGUGGAUCCCAUGGUGGUAACUGAAGGUUGGGUUCCGCGAUAUCAUACAAACAGGGCUGCCAAUGCUGGGGUAGGUCGUGGUAACAAGAACCAUGUCAAUUUUGAGCUUGGAGGGAGCUCUGUCUAUGGUGGAAUGAUUAACUCUGGUGGGUUUCCUGCAGUUGGCAAGGGUGUUUUCAAUGCUGAAAUGGGAAAUGUCUUUGGUGGCAAUCAGAAUGAUAAUAACAGAACUAUGGUGGGUAGUAUGCUCGGUCCGUUUGCUGGUUUCAGUAAUAAUGUUGGUAAUAAUCAGAGUCUGUUGGGAGGACCUAGUAAUGGUCAGAAUUUAUUUGGUGGCCAAGUGAAUGGUCAAAAUAUGUUUUUAGGACCCGAGAGUGGUCGGAACUGGACUGGUGGUGCUAUUAACAAUCAGAAUCUAUUUGGUGGGCCUAGCAAUGGCCAAAAUCUUUUUGCGGGUGGGCCAUCUGUCUAUGGCAACCCAACUGGUGAGAGGGCAUAUGGUGGCCAGGUGGCCAUGCCUAUGGGAACCUCUGUUAUUCCUGUAUUUGCAAGUGAUCCAAUUGUUACCGUACGGGCGCAAGAGGAAGAAUCGGAAUUUUUGUUUCAUGAGAGCAAUGAACAAAUGAAGGCCGAGAUACAAGCGGAAAUGAAGAAACAUUGUGACGAGCUGGCCAAGCAAGUGACAAUGAUAGAGGGUGCUGAAUUGUUCAACAAUCAAGGAUAUCAGAAUCAGGGUCCGAGAAGAGAACCAAUUGAUCUGAUUCCUGUUACGUACGCUUCUCUAUUUCCGAGAUUGUUAGCAAAGGGGUUGAUUGAGAAAAGGCCAGCUCCCGCUCCACCAGCAGUACCUAGCAAAUUCUAUAACCCAGAAGCACACUGUGAGUUGCACUCUGGAGGGGCUAGACACGACAUUGAAAAUUUCUUUGUGAUGAAGAAUAGGGUUCAAACCCUAGUAAGAUUAAAACAGUUAAAUUUCCAAGACUGCCCUAAUGUGAAGGAAAAUACGUUGCCUUCGCACGGAAAAGCUUCAGGCAGUGCAAAUAUGAUUGAGAAGGUUGAAGACGAAGUGAUUACAGAAGCUCAGCUGAUUAACACCCCGCUAAAAGAAUUGCAUGAGAAGUUGGUCAAGGAAAAUAUCAUAACCAGUUCACAUGUUUUGAGAUGUGAAGAUUGCGAAGGAACGCCGAAAGGCUGUGUAGUGGUUUUAAACAAUCUUCAAGUUCUAAUUGAUGAAGGCAUCCUCAAAGUUUCUAAGAAAAGGCCUGUUGAGGUGGAAGUGUCUGUGAUUUUGCCAGUAUUCAAUGAUGAGCCAUUCGUUGUCAGAUACAAUGGCAGUAAAGGAAAAGUGGUAGGGAAGAUUGAGGGACCAAUGGUGGUACAAGCUUCGGCUCCAUUUCCAUACAAAUCAGACAAGGUUGUACCUUAG